AUGGUACUUUUUACUCGGUGUGAAAAGGCAAGAAAGGAGAAACUCGCUGCUAAUUAUAAGCCGUUAGUCGAUUAUUUGAUUGGCUGUGAUAUUUCUACCUUUUUAGAAAGAAUUGAGACAAUCCAAGAAUGGGACCGGUCAAGAGAUGACCUUUAUGUUUGGAUUCCCAUUCUAGACAGAAUGGAUGAACUCCUCUUAAAAGUGGCAGAGAAAUAUAAUUACAAAAAAGAUCCUAAAAGGGAAUGUGAAGUUAAACUAGUGGAAAUGGAGGAACAUGACGUUGUUUUUUGUCUGAAAAUGCUAAAGUUUACUCGUCGACUACUUUUAAACACAGAGAACAGAUUUGUUUACUCUUCUGGUGAUGUUUUAAUGCAUUUACUAAAUUGUCCGAAUUUUAAAAUAAAAUUAGCGGUCAUGAGAAUUUUAGCCAUCUUAGGAGAAAGAUUUGUAAUCGCAAGAGAGAAAAUAGUAGCACAUAAUAUAUUCGGAGAUCACAACCUCAGGAAAAAGACUCUUAAAUUAGCUUUGUCUUUAUCAUCUUCUGUCAUGGAUGAAGACGGAGAACAUUUCUCUCUUGUAGAUUUGUAUUUUGAUAAAAAGAAAGUUCCUCAAAAAUGGAGAAAAUUAAGAUUUACACACUAUACUUCAAUUGGCAUUAAAAAGUCAAGUCAGCAGAAAAAUAAUACUAAUGAAGCUCAAACGUCGAUUAAGAAAGUUACCAUGACAACCCAAGAGUUAUGUGAUCACUCACUGCAGCAGAUAUUUGACAAAGGUAUGGCUCUUUUGCCAUCUGAAAGUUGGUUUGAUUUCUCAGUAAAAGCCUCAGUGGCGAAGGCUUUCAGUGAUGAUUCAAGUGAAAAUAUCGAUUUGAGAAAUAUAAUUAUUGAAACAAAGUUAAAUGCCAUUGCAUUUAUUAACACAAUUUUCUCACCUCCUCAAGUAAGUUCGAAAUUAUUUGAACUUGACCCUUAUGCUUUUAAUAGUCUAACAGACUUAAUAUCUUUGUCCGAAACUAAAAUACCAAAAGAGCUAAGAACAGAUGCUCUGUUCACAUUAGAAUGUAUAUCCCUGAAACAUGUCUGGUGUUCGGAUAUUAUUAGAAAUCUUGGUGGUAACAUAUCGCAUGGUUUGUUGUUUCAGAUUCUUCGUUACAUUGCCAAAACAUUGAGAGAAGCAACAGAUGAAGUUGAUGAAGAGUAUAAUGUGAGGUUUUUUUACUUGAUAUCAAAUUUAGCUGACGUUAAACCUUUACAUGAAUCUCUUUUUGCUGCCGGUUUAAUUCCUACAUUAUUAGAAAUUGUAUCCAUCAGAAAUUGUCCGUAUAAGCGUACAUUGGCCUCUGCGACUCAUCUUUUAGAAACAUUUAUCGAUAAUAGUGAGACUACCACUGAAUUUAUCGAAAAUGAUGGUUUUACUAUGUUGAUCACUUCAGUGUCCAAUGAGAUCGAUUUUACACUGGAGCAUCCAGAGACAUGGAACCCCCCUAAACAUUCUGUGGUGUAUUACUCAAUCUCUUUCAGAGAGUUGGCAUAUAUUAGAAGUUUGUUAAAACUUGUUCUCAAGCUAUUGAGCACAGAUUCAGGAGACAGGAUUAGAAAUCUGAUAGAUUCACCAAUACUUGUUUCAUUAAAGAAAAUUCUAGAGAAUAAAUCUGUAUUUGGUUUAACACUAAUAACUUACACUCUCGAUGUAGUUCAAAAAGUAAUAAAUAGUGAGCCAACUAUUUAUCCUGUUCUCGUUGAAGCGGGACUUAUUCCUUAUAUUAUCGAUAAUUUUUCAAGAUUACUUGGCCCCUCUGCUGAGUUAUUAAGCUUACUUCCAGAUGUGAUUUCUGCCAUAUGCCUUAAUUCAGAAGGUCUAAAACAAGUCAAAGAAAGGGGCCUCAUAAAGAAUUUAUUUGAUUUCUUGCUUGAUGCUGACCACGCGCGUAUAUUAACUGGUGGGGAUCGUUCCACCGAAUACGGUACUGACAUUGAUGAAUUAGCAAGACACUAUCCAGACUUAAAGGCAAAUAUUGUCGAGGCUUUGUGUGACGUCAUCAGGAAAAUGCCAAGUGCUUAUAAAGAUGAAAGAGAAUUUCUUUUUACUUCACCAGAAGACAAAAAGUUUUUCUUUCAUAGUAAAAACGAGAAACCACUCGCUGAUAAAGAGGAGCAUGAACCCGCUUAUUGGGAAUUAUUGGAUAAGGGUACUAUGCUGGAUACUUUUACUAGCGUUUUAUUUGGUAUGUCUUUGGGAAAUGGUUCUUUCUCACAGGUUCCACAACAUCUAGAAGCGAAAGAUUUUCUGGAUAUAAUAUUCAUGGAAAAUCCGCCUUAUGAAUACUUCACCUCUGUAGCAAUCUCAAAUGUUACCGAGGUUCUCCAGUAUUUGGAUGAGAAGUAUGAAGACUAUGCCUUUAUGGACGUUAUGAAAACUUUAAAUAAUCAAUUAGAGGACCUGACUAUAUUUUUGAAUAGUCCGAAUGAUACGAGCUUUUUCCUGACAGAAGAUGGUGAAAAUUCGGUGCGUUUAUGCCAUUCAAAGCUUUGCCGACUCGCCGCUAUUUUAAACAUUGUUACUAAUGUUUACAUUGAUCUCACAACCCUCUCAUGUAAGAGAAUUAUGCAAAUCUAUGAUUAUUUCGACAAAAAGGGAUUUUCUUUAAUCAAGAACUUAAAAUUACUGUUCCAGAAAUGUGCAUUGGAGGAAAUGUACAUACGUCAACAUAUGCCUGAUUCUGUUAUAAUGGAAACCAUGCCGUUGCCUAUAGUAGAUGUUUCUGGGGAUGGACCGCCACUUCAAAUUUAUGUUGAUGACCCAAAAAAAGGUGACCAAAAGGGAAAAACUACCAGUAUAAAAACAAGAAACUCUCUUCAAGUAAGAACAAUACUGUAUACUUUGCAAUCGAACACUGCAAUUAUAUUCCGUUGCUUUUUAAGGUUAAGCCAUUCUAGAAGUAUGGAUCUAGAACAUAAAGAUCUAACGACAGAAAUUCGUAUCUUUGAGAACGUUGUAGGAAAUGUUAUUGAAAUGUUAGAGGUCAAUGAAAUUGAAGAUCAUCUACCUUAUUUCCUCGUUUUACUGAACUUCAACACUUUUGUCUUUACGAUUCCAAAAGCUUCUCCAAAUUCCACGGAAGUAUUACAGACAAUACCUGCCUAUAUUUUCUACCAAAAGGGAGGUUAUUUGCUUUAUUUGCAAAUUAUAAGAGACCUCUUCACAAGAAUGACAAAAAUAAAAGACCUAUCCUCACUUGAUAACAUAAAUUACAUAGAUGAGUCCAACGGUAUUUUAACCUUGAGCUGUUUAAUAAAUGCUCUAACCUUUUACAAUAAAUCAAUGCAAACUGAAACCAUGGAAAAUGUCCAAAGCAUUGGCAAGUAUUACGUUUCAGUGGAUGAAGAUUACAAUAUCAUGAAAGCUCUUACUGUUCCAAUCAAGGUAAUGGCUUUGGCGAUGAUUUUAGAUUUGGAUAAAUCAGAUGGAUUGUUUAAGACACAGUCCCGUAAUGUGCCCUAUUCCGUUUUCAAGCAACUUCUAAGCAUGCUGAAAAAUAUAUUCACUACAGUAAACAUUUAUACUAAGGAAUUAUAUGAACUGCAUUGGGACCUGAUAUUCCCUCCAAUUAAAAAAAUAAACUUAUUUGAACAGGUUGGUAUUCCUGGUGAUGUUGCAGCGAACUACUUAACAGAAACUGGAGAUGAUCUUCCUGCAGAUAACAGUAUUGGCUUGUUUUCACCAGAACAAUGGGAAAAAUAUAAACAAUUAGUUGGUAGAGAUAAAUCAGUAUACUAUCCACAACCAAUGCAUGCACAAUAUCAUAGAGGUUGCUCUUCGAAAGAGUUAGAUGAAUUAAGGGACACUUUUUUUAAUGAUGGCUUACCAUCUCGGAUUUUUACUGUACUACCAUUCUACCCUAAGCUUGUAAAUGCUUUUGCGAAAACUUUACUACAAAUUUUUACAAAAUACGAUGAACCAACUGAAGUGUUUGCUGGGAAGAUUUUAGAUCGUAUUAUAGAGACAAAACUGGAUGAUCCUGCUACUUUAUCGUCGUUGAUUCAUUUAUUUGGUAUAUUUUUGAACGAGAAAUACAUUUAUCAAAAGGCUUCACACUUGAUGCAGAGGUUCAUUGAAUAUCUUGAAAAGUCCCUGAAGCCAGAACAUGUUAAUACACCUUGGUUUUCGAAGGCUCUUUACGUCUAUGAGAUUAUAUUAGCGAAAUCAGAGCUUCCUCACCUCGAAGAUCUUUCGAAGGACGUUCUCUUAAGAUAUCCUUUGCUUUCUAUGGCGAAAGUUUUCCGUAUACCAGAAUCAAUGAAGCAGAAAUUAUUCGAUACCUUAAUCAGAGUUUCUGAUAUUUCCAAUUUUUAUUCAGCAUUGGCAACAUCGCGCAUACUUAUUUUUUAUUCUAGGGACGAGCUGUAUGCAAACAACAUAGCUAGAUCAGGAAUAUUAUCCAGGAUGCUGAAAGUGAUUGGAAGUUUCCAAAAACUGGACAAAAUCAACUUUCUAGAAUCAUCUUUCCUUUUGUUAAUCAGAAGAUGUUUUGAAACGACUGAGAACGUUGAUACUUUAAUACGCGCAGAAAUCGAUAGAUGUUUUACAGCGAGACCGUUAGGUGAUGGGGACGAUGCUGUACGUGAGUUUACUACUGUUUUAGAGGAAAAGGCGCACGUAGUUAUGCGUAGUCCCUCUCAAUUCAUCGACAUUCUCUGUGAAACAGCCCGAUUCCAGGAGUUUGAUGAGCAAGGUGCUUUGAUUGAUUACUCAUUAAAAAGAUUUUUGAAUAAAGAGGAUAAAAAUUUCCAAACAAAUGCCGACAAAGUAGAUAUCUAUGAGAGAACAGGAAUCAUGCAUUUGUUAUUGUCACAGCUUAUGGCUGCUUCUGAAAAAGACUGGUUAUCCGAACCGACCAAUUCUCUCGACUUGUCUGAGAACAAGAAAACCCAACCAGAUCCAUCAAGAAAUCCUGUUUGUGCUUACAUGAUUUUUCUCUUGAAGCUCUUGGUCGAAUUGGUCAGCAGUUACAAUCAAUGUAAGUUUGAAUUUUUGACCUUCAGUAGAAGAAAUACAUAUGCAGAACGUCCAAGACCAAGAACCACCGCCAUCAACUUUUUUCUAUAUAGAUUACUGGACAAACCUGUUGGUGCUGACCACGAUAAGCAUGAAGCAAAAAGGAGAGAGGUUGUCGGAAUGCUAGCACGUUCCGUAAUAAUCGGUUUCUUAGCCACUGUUCAAGAUGAUAAAACGACCAAGAGUGAUGUCAAACUUGCAGAUCCUCAUAUGAACUUUAUCAGAAAAUUUGCCAUUGAAGCGAUAAUAAAAGCGAUCCGAAAUGCCACUUCUUCUUCCAAGCUUUUAGAAAGCAAUCACUUAAAAUUAGAUAUGUGGUUUAGAAUUAUCACAUCGAUGGUUUAUGUUCAGGCACCAUAUCUUCGCCAACUGCUUGAUUCAAAUAAGGUUGAGGCAGAUCAAUAUCAAUUGUGUAAACUAGUUAUUGACCUUGGUCUUCCAUCAGUUAUCACAGAAGCUAUGGCCAACAUAGAUCUGAACUAUCCCUUUUCCAAAAAAAUUUUCAACGUUGCUGUGGAAGCUUUAAACACAAUCAGUUCGACAAGAAACAAUUUUUCAGAGCUCUUCAAAAUUGAAGAUCAUGAUGAGGUUGACGACGAAGUUGAUGAGUCUGAUAAAGAAGAGAUCCCGGACAUGUUCAAAAAUUCUGCGCUAGGAAUGUAUGAUGUGGAGGAUAUUGAAGAGGACGAUGAUGAUGAUGAUACAUCAUUAAUCGGAGACGAUGAUGCUAUGGCUUUUGUUGAUAGUGACAAUGGGUUUGAAGUAGUAUUUAGCGACGAAGAUGAUGAUAUGGGAGAAGAAGACGAGGAUAGCGCUCAUUCAAGCUCAGAAGAGAACGAAUUAUCUUCAGGAUUGGAAUCAAGUACAACGGGCGGCACAGAUGUGGACUAUGAAGUUGACGAUGCUGAUGAAUUGAUUAUCAAUAUUGAUCAGCGUUCAGGGGAUGAUGAAGAAAUGGCUGACUACGAUAUCAAUAUCAACCAUUCUUCUCACUCUGACAAUGAAGAUGAUGAUUCUAUGGAUGUAAUAGAAGUCUACGACGACGAGCUAAGCUCUGGAUAUGAUGUUGAUUUGAGCGAUUAUGACGUAGAUGAAUCAGAUUGGGACUCCGGAUUAUCCAGCUUAUCCAUUUCAGAUGAAGAAGGUGAAAGUAGCGAGAAUGAGCCUAAUAAUUCUACCAGAAUGGGAGAUUCAAGAAGAAGGUGGUUGAUAGCUGAAGGCGUCGAGCUAUCUGAUGAUUCUCAAGGGGAAAGUGAAGAAGAUGAUAGAGGCGUUUUCCGUGGUAUCGAACAUAUAUUUUCAAAUGAAAAUGAGCCUUUAUUUAGAGUUCAUGACGAGAUGCGUCUAAGAAAUCAUCAUCGCUCAAUUAAUCGUACACAAUUUCAUUCUGCUAUGAGCGCACCUUCUCUAAGUUUACUAAACCGUGGGAGAAGAAAUCAAAGCAAUCUAAUAAAUCCGUUGGGACCUACAGGAUUGGAACAGGUGGAGAAUGAUAUUUCUGAUCAAGUAACUGUUGCUGGUUCAGGUUCUCGCCCAAGAUCUCACCAUCUGCAUUUUUCUGAAGUUCUUGUGUCAGGGAGCUUUUUCGAUGAGCCUGUGCUGGAUGGAAUUAUUUUGAAGUCUACAGUGUCCAGAUGGAAGGACAUAUUUGAUAUGUUCUACGACUCUAAAACUUAUGCCAACUGUAUUAUUCCUACUGUCAUCAACAGAAUAUACAAGAUUAGUUUAGAUUUGCAACUGGAUUUAAAGAGAAAACGUGAACAAGGAAAAUCGAAGGAUAAAAAUUUGCUUUUCCAUGAGCCAAGAGCAGAAAGUCAUAGCAGUGCAGAUGCUAUACCAGCAGAAGAAGAAGACGCUCAACCAAGCACUAUUUCUCAUGAUGAUCAUGAACCUGUAUAUGUUACUAUUCAAGGAUCUGAGGUUGAUAUAGGUGGUACGGAUAUCGAUCCAGAGUUUAUGAAUGCGUUGCCUGACGAUAUAAGAGCCGAUGUUUUCGCACAGCAUGUGAGGGAAAGAAGAGCAGAAGCUAGGCUCAAUUCUGAUCCUAGUGUACACUCUAGAGAAAUUGAUUCCGAUUUUCUGGAAGCAAUUCCUGAAGAUAUUAGAGAAGGAAUAUUGGAUACCGAGGCUGAGGACCAGAGGAUGUUUGGUGGAGUUGACUCCUCAGGUAAUAUAGCUAGAGUUCACAAUGAAGUUAUCAACAAUGACGAAGAAGUUGUCAGGGGUUUAGAUCACGAUAAUAGUAAUGAUCGUAGCAUCGUUGAUUCAGAAAAGAAAAAACCGGCUCGGAUAUACUUUGCUCCUCUAAUUGAUCGUGCUGGAAUUGCUUCAUUAAUGAAAUCAGUAUUUAUUUCGAAGCCUUAUAUUCAACGUGAAAUAUACCAUGAACUUUUCUACCGUUUAUGCUCUAGCAAACAAAAUAGAAAUGAUUUAAUGAAUACUUUUCUUUUCAUUUUAAGUGAAGGUAUCAUAGAUCAACACUCUUUGGAAAAGGUAUAUAACAUUAUCUCCAGCAGGGCUGUAGGUCACACGAAAACUACUACAGUUAGGCAAUUACCUGCAGAUUGUACACCACUUACAGUGGCUAAUCAAACUAUCGAGAUCCUGCAAAACUUGAUUGAUGCGGAUUCUAGAUUAAAAUACUUUCUUAUUGCUGAACAUGAUAAUUUAAUAGUGAACAAAGCUAAUAAUAAGUCUAGGAAAGAAGCGCUUACUGACAAAAAAUCAAGAUGGCCUCUAUGGCAUUUAUUCUCCCUUUUGGACAGAAAGCUCAUUACAGAUGAGAGUGUAUUGAUGGAUCUAUUGACAAGAAUACUACAGGUUUGCACGAAAACACUUGCUGUCUUGUCUGGAAGUUCAAAUGGUAAAGAAAAUCUAAGUAAAAAGUUUCGUUUGCCAGACUUUGAUGAAGAUGAUCUCAUGAAGAUUUUAUCCAUUAUUAUGCUCGAUAGUUGUACUACAAGAGUAUUUCAACAAACUCUUAACAUAAUUUACAACCUUUCUGAACUGAAAGGUUAUAUGGCUAUUUUCACGAAACAUUUGAUAUCUCUAGCCAUCAGUACAAUGAGCAAAUUAAAGAAUGCUCUAGAUGGCCUGUCACAUGAGGUUAGUAUUAUCGCGAACGGAAUGGAGAUGAAUUCAGAACUAUUACAGAAGUUCACCCUUCCAAGUUCUGAUCAAGCGAAGCUUUUGAAAAUUUUAACUACGGUUGAUUUCUUGUACAUUCACAAAAGAAAAGAAGACGAACACAAUGUCAAAGACCUUCAAUCUUUAUAUGACCAAAUGAACAGUGGUCCGGUGUGGUCUUCAUUAAGUGGGUGUCUCUCACAGUUUGAAAAAAGUGAGGCUAUCAACACUUCAGCCACAAUCUUACUUCCGUUGAUUGAAUCACUCAUGGUUGUAUGCAGGCGCAGUGACUUAAGUCAAAACAGAAGUACUGCAAAUAAAUAUGAAGAUGCUAAACUAUUAGACUUUUCCAAGACCCGUGUCGAAAACCUAUUUUUCCCAUUUACAGAUGCCCACAAGAAGCUACUGAAUCAAAUGAUUCGUUCAAAUCCUAAAUUGAUGAGCGGUCCUUUCGCACUAUUGGUCAAGAAUCCAAAAGUCUUGGAUUUUGAUAACAAAAGGUACUUCUUUAACGCCAAAUUAAAGUCUGAUAACCAAGAACGUCCUAAAUUACCCAUUACCGUUCGCCGUGAGCAGGUUUUCUUAGACUCUUACCGAGCUUUGUUUUUCAAAACUAACGAUGAAAUCAAAAACUCUAGAUUAGAAAUAACAUUUAAGGGAGAAAGUGGUGUUGAUGCCGGCGGUGUAACCAGAGAGUGGUAUCAAGUGCUUUCAAGACAAAUGUUCAACCCCGAUUAUGCUCUUUUCCUUCCUGUUCCAUCGGAUAAAACUACAUUUCAUCCCAAUCGAACAUCAGGUAUUAAUCCUGAGCAUCUUUCUUUCUUUAAAUUUAUCGGGAUGAUUAUAGGGAAAGCAAUUAGGGAUCAGUGCUUUUUGGAUUGCCAUUUUAGUCGUGAGGUAUACAAAAAUAUUCUAGGUAGACCGGUGUCAUUGAAAGAUAUGGAAUCUCUGGAUCCGGACUAUUAUAAAUCAUUGGUGUGGAUUCUAGAAAAUGAUAUCACGGGUGUUAUAGAAGAAACAUUCUCUGUGGAAACUGAUGAUUAUGGUGAACAUAAAAUUAUUGAGUUGAUUGAGGGAGGUAAGGAUAUAAUUGUUUCGGAAACCAAUAAACAGGACUAUGUAAAAAAGGUUGUGGAAUAUAAACUUCAAACAUCUGUAAAAGAGCAAAUGGACAACUUUUUAGUGGGUUUUUAUGCUCUCAUAUCCAAAGACCUUAUCACUAUAUUUGAUGAGCAGGAAUUAGAAUUGUUAAUCAGUGGUUUGCCUGAUAUUGACGUCGAUGACUGGAAAAACAAUACCACUUAUGUGAAUUACACUUCAACCUGUAAGGAAGUCAAUUACUUCUGGAGAGCAGUUAGAUCGUUUGAUGCAGAGGAACGUGCUAAGCUGUUACAAUUCGUUACCGGUACUAGUAAAGUACCACUAAAUGGAUUCAAAGAACUAAGUGGUGUGAAUGGUGUUUGUAAGUUUUCCAUUCACCGUGAUUUUGGCUCAUCAGAAAGACUGCCGUCAUCACAUACCUGUUUCAAUCAAUUGAAUUUACCCCCCUAUGAAUCAUAUGAAACUUUGCGUGGUUCCCUGCUAUUGGCGAUUAAUGAAGGGCACGAAGGGUUUGGUCUUGCUUGA